AUGGUCGAAACACAAAAUGCCAUCAGCGAGGCGGAGUUGGGUCCUAAGAUGGACUUGAGCCAUCAGGAAGUUGUCCACAUGGCAGAGCUGAGUCCGGAAGAUAAGGUCAUCGAGAAGAAGUUGCGCAAGCGCAUCGAUGCCUUGAUUAUGCCACUGGCCAUUCUGGUCUACUUGAUGAACUAUAUCGAUCGCAACAAUUAUGCCGCAGCGAAGCUCCAAGGUCUCCAGGAGGAUCUCAACCUCGACGAGACAAAAUACCAAACCGGUCUCUCUAUUCUCUUUGUUGGAUACAUUCUCAUGCAGGUGCCUUCGAACAUGCUUCUGAACUACAUGGGUCGACCCUCCCUAUACAUUGGAUUCUUCGUCACCGCUUGGGGCCUGGUCUCGGCAGUCACAAGUCAAGUCACAACCUAUGGAGGCAUCGUGGCCUGUCGAUUCAUUCUUGGUUUGGUUGAAGCGCCCUUCUUCUGUGCCAUCCUCUUCUAUCUGUCCAAAUGGUACACAAAGAAGGAGUUGGCUUUCCGAAUGAGUAUUUUCUACUCCGGCUCCCUACUGAGUGGAGCUUUCGGAAACCUCAUUGCCGCCGGUAUUCUCAACGGUCUCAAAGGCCACCGAGGACUUUCGGCCUGGCAAUGGCUUUAUAUCAUUGAGGGCUCCAUUACCUGUGCUAUCGGACUGGUUAUUUGCUUCGUUUUGCCCGACUUCCCCGAGACAUGGAAACUUUUGGACCCGGAGAUGCGCCGAGUGGCCCAGCGACGUCUUGCUAUUGAGGCCGGUCAGGCCGAUGUGGAUGAAGGCGGCAGCAAGAGCCAGUUCGAGGGAUUCAAGCUCGCCAUGACCGACAUCAAAACCUAUGCAUUCGCCUUGGCGUAUAUGUGCAUCACCGGUGCCUCAGGUUUCCAGAACUUCUUCCCGACUUUGGUCAAGACUCUCGAGUUGCCUGAAACUAUCACUCUGGUGCUUGUCGCACCCCCAUAUCUCUUCAUGGUUGUAUACUCCCUGUGCCACUCGGUACUUUCUGAUAGGCUGGAGAAGAGAUUCUGGUUCUUCGUCUACCCGAUCCCGAUCACCAUCAUUGGAUUUGUCAUCUUCCUGAAGACUGACUCCUUUGGACCACGAUACUUCUCGUUCUUCUUGAUGGUGUUUGUCUUCGCCCAAAACGGAACUCUAUACUCCUGGCUUGCGAGCUCCAUUCCUCGUCCACCUGCUAAGCGAGCUGUCGCCUUUGCAUUUUUCAAUUCCAUUGGAAACAGCGCUUCGAUUUGGACGCCCUAUACAUAUCUUAAGAAAGAAGAGCCUCAUUACAUUACGGCCAUGGGAGUUUGCAUUGCUCUGCAGAUCAUCGGCGGUCUGGCCGCACUCUUCUUGUACUUCAACCUGAACAUGCUCAACAAACGCCAGGAGCGUCUGGAGAAUGAGGAAGUUCAGCUUAGCGAGAAGGAUAUUCGUCGGCUGCAGGCUACUGCUGAUCUUGAGGGGAUUGAUAUUGCCGCUGCUAGACGGCUGCAGAAGGGAUUCCGUUACACACUGUAG